CCAGCCAUCCUCUCCGCGCACCGGAUUCCGUCCAACUGCUCCACCACUCUAAUAUCUCUCUCUCAUGGCGACGGCGACGGCGACGGCGAGUCGGCCCAGCGGCCCGGUGCUGUUGAUCACCAGCUACCGCUCGGCCUCGCCCACCCGAGUCAACCUCCCCGCCCGCUCGCCGGGCAAGUCCGUCAGCGUCUCCUCCCCGAAACAACUUCCCACCGUCUCCUCCAGGAGCCGGCGGUCCUCCUGCAUGUGCUCCCCGACGAACCACCCGGGCUCGUUCCGCUGCAGCCUCCACAAGGAGCGCAAGCAGGGCAGCAGCAAGCCCGCCUCCCCGCCGUCAACAUCGAAGAGCAGGGGCGGCGCGCUGGCUCGGCUCGUCCCCAUGGGGAGCGGGCACUGGGCACACAGGGCGCUCGCGCCGCCCCUCGCUAAGCAGCAGUCGAUGCAGCACCGGAGGAAGAGCGCGGGCGGGUUCCUCCCCCGGCCCAGCCGGCUCUCCGCCGUGUCCACGGCCGGCGACAGCCAGUAAAACGAACAGCGUCGACAUGCCAUAGCAAGAUAGUACUACUGUAGUUCAUAGGAAGGAAAUUCCCUGAAGAAUUGGAGUUUUUAGAACCAAUUCAAUGAGCCCGUCCGUAACUAUACUGUACAUAAUGCAUUUUUCCAGCAUGCAUGCAUGAAUGAUGCUAAUUGAGAUUCAAGAUGCCAAGCAA